GAAAAAAAAAAAAAAAAUUUCCCGUUGGCCAGAACCCAGAAGAAGCAGUAGCAGCAAAUCAAAAAAAAUUUCUUUCCUUCGAGUGAAAAAUAGGCAAAUACCCAUCGAUCUUUACUCUAUUAUUAGUUGCUAUAUUACAAAUUGCGGUUUAAAAGUUUUAAGUUUGAAAAGAAAGGAAAAUGGGGGAGGAGAGUCAGAGGAAGAAGACAACAAGGGUGGUGGAAUCGCUGGGAUGGCUAACGGAAUCGUCGAUCAUGCCAAAGAAGCAAAGGGCCAUAGCUGGUGUGGGGCCCUCCUCUAUUCUCGAACUUAAGGCUCAACUCUACAAGUCUCAGGACGAGUCCAAGAAAACCAAGGAACUCUCCGGCCCCGACCUCCAUUUCCACCGCACCAAGAAGAUCCUCCCCGCUCCCAAUCUCUUCUCCGCCAAGAACUCCGGCGUCGAUGCUCGCGCUCUCAAGGACAAACUUGAGCUGAAAGCAGUUAAUGAUGGAUCAGUCAGCUAUGCGGCGUUAGAGAAGAAGGCUGAAUUAUAUGAGAAGCUAGCGAGGGGAGAGCUGUCUGAUGAGGAAGAAAAGGAGAAAUAUUGUGUGGAUUUCUUCCGCAAGAAUGUUGAGCAGGAUGAGUCAGAGCAACCUCGGGACCAAGAUGCUUCUUCUGCCACAGUACCGCCCGAAAGUGAAGAUGGUGAGAAUGAUGCUUCUUUUUGGUUUAAGACAAAACCUUUGGGGCUUGGCCGAGUAGCUGCAACACUGGACAAUGACGAACACAAGCGUUUUGUUAGGGAGGUUCAUGAAGAAGUAAAUCAAGCAAGAGAAAAGGCUUCUGAGCUCAAAUUGCGCAGGCAAGAGCAAGCAGCAACUCGCCGAGAGAAACUGAGACAGGCUUAUUUAAAGAAACGGCUAGAGAACCUAAAAGCUGCAUCCAAUGCAGAACAGACAUGAUCAGCCCAAGGCAAGGAUCAUAUUGUUUUGUUAGUUGCUAUUGACUUAACCAGGUCAAGAUGCUUGUUCCUUACAUUCAUUUCAUGGUGAAAAAUGCAUUGGAAUUCACUUCAUCCUUCAAUGUAUUUUUUACUCGUUACUUUUUUAUUUGUGUACAGUAAGGGUGUUUACAGUAUGAAUUAUAUGAUGAAGGUCACUUAUCUGAAUGCACAUUGCCGUCCUUUUAGGCUUUUAAA